AUGUCCGACUCGCAUAGGCGCCGGAUUAGUCCAAAAGGUGCCAUUCGCUCUGAAAAAGUCGCAGUAUUUAGAAUUCCCAAUACCAUACCUGUAGACAAUAGUCCACUUAUAGUUUACAGUAGCAAGAAUUUACCCUUAGAUUUCAAGACCUCCCAAAUACAAAGAAUCAACAGUUUUGAAGGAGAAGUUUUUCCUCAAAUAAAUAAUGAUUCUUUACAUCAAAACAUAGAAAACUAUGCGUAUCAGGAUGAUUCAAAUUAUAUAGAUGUUUCUACUGAUGAUAACUAUUAUCACAAUAAUGAAGAGGCAGUGAAUCACAACAUAAGAGCAAGAGAUUCUCACUACAGACACCAUAAUAAUGACUUUAAUAUUGGUAAUUCUGAAAAAGCAAGAGUUGCCCAUUAUUCUGAUAACAUACCUGAAAUCUGGACCAAGAAAAGACAUGAUCCUCUAGAUCUGGAAAAUAAUAUACCCUGUCCCCAUAAAAUUUACAAUGAAGACGACUUAGAUAAUUCUAAUGAAUAUUUUCAAGAAGAGUCAUAUAAUUUUGUACCUUAUUCGAGUAAGCCUUUAGAAGAAUUUUACAAUUCAGGUAUUAGUGGUAACAAAAAUCCAAUACAUACCCCACGUUUAUCACAAAAGACUCAAUAUUGUGACAAACAGAAAGAAUUAGUUGAUAAAAAUGUUUUAUAUCAGCGAUAUAGUUUGAAUCCUGCUAAUGACCAGACGAAAAGAUCAAAGAAUUUAUCAAAACCCAAAAAAGGUACUCGUUCUUUAUAUGAUACAGAAGAUAAUGUUAAUGGACUUGAUUAUGCCAGUGCUAAUCAAAUUGACAGUAAAUCAUCAGAUCGUUGUGCUUUAUAUAGUCCAUACGCCCUUUUUAAUAGACCUAGUAAAAAAUUUGACAGUACUGUUAACAACCAACUUCGACAACAAAGAUAUGAUGCUUUAUAUUCAUCACAAGCUAUGGAAACUGAAACUAAAGAAGUAAACAAUUCUUUAGCGAGCACCAGAGCAGGUCUCUUGUAUGGUCCAAAAUAUUCCUUCAAGCCCUUAAAAGAUGGAUCUAAUAUAGAAACUAGUAAUGUGAUGGUAGAUACUGAAAAAAGGAAUCAUAUAAAUGUAAAUAAAGCUAGAAACUGGUUAUAUAAUCAAAACAAAAAUGACUCUCCAUUAUAUGGUCCUGAUCGUCAUUAUAAAUUAGAUAUCGUUGGGACUAAUAAUGAAAUCAAUAUUUUUAAAACCGUUAUAGAUAAUACAACAAAUAAUCCAUCUUCUUAUAAAACAUCUCCAAAUCUUUUGAACACUAAACCUCAAAAUCCGCAUCUUAGGUCCAAACCCAUAAAUAUAUCUAAUAAUAUUACAAGAUAUACUAAUUUAUCGCUUAGUGACAAUGACCCUUUAAAUAAUGACCAAGGUCGAUUAGAUGACUGCGUUAAUGAGGCAUCUGCAAUCAGUAGACCAAUUAAUUUAAAAAAAUCUGAUCAUAAUAAUGUUCCCUGUAAAAAAACCAAAAGUGUAACGUUCAAAUUAAAACAUCAAAAAAUAUAA